CUUUUUCUUUACAAGCAUUUAAACCUCGCUCGGGGAGGAAAGAAGCGUCAAGAUCAGCCGCCAUGGUGAAGUACUCCAGGGAGCCCGACAAUCCCACCAAGUCCUGCAAGGCAAGGGGCUCUGAUCUCAGAGUUCACUUUAAGAACACAAGGGAGACAGCCCAUGCCAUCAGAAAGUUGCCCUUGGCCAAGGCUAAGAGGUAUCUUGAGGAUGUCAUGGCCCACAAGCAGGCAAUACCCUUCCGUCGUUUCUGCGGUGGGGUAGGGCGUACUGCUCAGGCAAAGAACAGGCAUUCCAAUGGCCAAGGUCGCUGGCCAGUUAAAUCUGCCAAGUUUAUACUUGAUUUGCUAAAGAAUGCUGAAAGCAAUGCAGAGGUGAAAGGCUUGGACGUCGAUGCACUCUACAUUUCACACAUCCAGGUAAACCAGGCUCAGAAGCAGAGGCGUCGUACCUACCGUGCCCAUGGAAGAAUUAACCCUUACAUGUCUUCCCCAUGUCACAUUGAGUUGAUUCUGUCUGAGAAGGAAGAGCCUGUCAAGAAAGAGCCCGAAACCCAGUUGACAGCUAGCAACUCCAAGAAAACUCCCAAGGUCGGUGCAGUGGUCCAUUAGCUUGUAGUCAGCAGAAUUCCAAGUAUGGAGGCUAAUGGUGCUAUCUUAUGGAAGCAGUUUUUCUUUUAAUUCAGAAUAGAAAGAGGUGUUAUUUAGAUAAAUUUGAGAGCUUUUUUUGGUUUUCAAACUAUGUUUAGUACAAUUCUUUGUUAUUAUUGUCUUGGGGAUUUUGAUCCAAUCCAAAUUUCUGUUGAAAUGUUGCAUUUGUGUUGUAGCUUCCUCACGUAUGGAUGAAUCGAUU